AAAAAACACACACAAGACUCACCAACAUUUCUCAGCCUUCCCACUAACUUUACUCAUAUUUACAAGUUGGACUACUCGUUUUCUACCGCUUCGUAAAACAGUUUCCCCCCACAGAUAUCAAACAUGAGUAAAAGCAGCAAAGUGUUGAACCUGAAGGAUAAAAUCAGCGGUAAUGAAAUGGACCUGAGCUUGUGCAACCUGUCUGAGGUGCCAAUCAGAGAGCUGGCUUUAUUCCCUAAAGCAACUGUGUUAGACUUGUCUUGCAACAACAUCACCUCCCUCCCUCCGGAGUUUUGCAACCUGACCCACUUGAUCAAGGUGGAUCUGAGUAAAAACCAGCUGACCAGUCUGCCAGACGACCUGGGGAAUCUGGUCAACCUUCAACAUCUGGACCUGUACAACAACAAGCUGACUACGCUGCCCGUCAGCUUCUCUCAGCUCCGGAGUCUGAAGUGGCUGGAUCUAAAGGAUAACCCGCUGGAGGCCGGCUUGGCCAAAGCUGCGGGAGACUGUCUGGAUGAGAAGCAGUGCAAACAGUGCUCCUCCAAGGUUCUGCAACACAUGAGAGAAAUUCAGGUGGAGGUUGAUCGCACACGAGAGAAAAGGCUUUUGAGGGAAAAAGAGCUGGAGAAGAAGAGGGAGGCGAAACAAAGGGAGCGGGAGGCCAGAGAGAAGGAGGCUCGGAAACGGGAGAAGGCGGAGGAGAAGGACAAGAGGAGGAAAGAGUACAACGCUCAAAAGGCGGCUUUGGCUGCACAGGAGCAACAGAAGAAGAGGAACGAGGAGAAGAAGAAAAAGAAUGGGCAGGCAGCAGCAGAUAAAAAGGCAGCUGUGAAAUCGGCGCCGACACCUCGACGUUCUCUGAUUGGCCUGAUGUUCAAGCUCCUCUUGCUGCUGCUGCUGGGAUUGGCCGGAGUCGCCGCUGCCUGCCGGCUGACCGACCUGCAGAAGGAAGCCCUGUGUGUGCCAAUCAACGCCGCCGUAGACGACGGCCUAUCCUGGGCCAGAGUGCAGGAGGGUGUGGUCAGACAGCUGGUGCAAAAUCUGUCGACUGCAGCGAAGGAGUUUCUUGAAUCCACGCAAGCGUCUAAGAACUAAAUACUCAUCUGCCUCCAUCGAUACCCAGAGCUUCAGAUUUUCACUCCAAUCUGUAAAUACUGGGAGUUUUUUUUUUUUUAAAUGCUGAAAUCAUGAUUUUCAUUAAGAUGAGUAACCCUGCUUCCCCUCGCCCUGUUUGUGGUGCUGGGAGGUGAAGAGUUUGUACAGAUAGAUGGAGGAUGGACAGAUGUGUAAAAAAAAAAAAACAAAAAAAAAAACUUAAAUUCCUAUGGAAUUGUUGUCGCUCUUGUACCCUCUUUGUACUACAGCCUGUUUUUUAAAAAGUCAUCGUCUUAAAAGCCUGGCGACCAUGUUUUGCACUUUGCGCAGCAGCCAGGCUGUUGUGCAGCUCGGUGCAUCACACGGACCUCGGGUUGAUUUGAGAGAUGCAGUGAAAUGUCAGGUGGCCCUGUCUGUGCUGCACUGGAGCGUCGAGUCACGUGUUCACUGCCAGUCAAGAGUUGUGCAUCAGCCAGUGUGAGACGUGGCAGUCUGAGCAUGUGCAGUGAAGGCUGUGUGAAUGAAUGCCUCCUUCGUCUUUCAAGUCUUAUAACAGUCAAACCAGCUAAAUCUCACACACACACACACACACACACACACACACAUACACAUACACACACACACACACAGAUAUAGCAUGCAAACUAGAGCCCAACUGUUACAUCACAGAUUUUCAUUGUAUGUAAAUGACAAGAAACUGCAGUACAGAGAUGUCUAAGAGAAGUUUUAAGAUAACUUAAAUACAAAGUAAUCAUUAAACAGUCAAAGAUAAAACAUACCCCUCAGCAAAAAUCCUCUAAACUCUGAAAUAAAUUAAUUCAAAAAGUAAAGUAAAAAAUAACGGCUAAUAUAUCGUUACUAAUAUAAACUACUAAUAUUCUGUUUUGGCCUAAAAUAAUCAGCUGGGCUCAAACAUGCAAACUCCAGCUGUACUAACUGUACUAAAAGUUUUAAAGGAUCAUGCCAAGGAUUUGCACAUGUUACACUUUGUGCUGUUAACAUU